UAUAAUAAAAAAAAAGAUAUCUUAUUCGCAUCUUAAUUUAUAAAUAUACAUAUUAUAGUAAUAUGUAGCAUGGCCUAUAUUUGAUAACAUUUAACUAGAGAAGAUUAUUUUGUUUUGUUAUUUGGUUACCAUGGUUAUUGAAACAUAUUACACUUAUUUCUUAACCUGAAAAUAUUCUCGGAUUAAUUUUGUACUAUUAAUAAUUUCAUCUUUUUUUACAAAAUAUUUUAUUGACAUUUAUUCUCAUGUCAUGUUUAAAAGAUACUCAGCCUGAUUGUAGGUGUCAAUAUACAUUAACAUUGACAGAUGAAAUAGUUCAUGAACAGUUUUCUGAAAUGAAAGACAGUUUCAAUCAUGUGCCCAGUAUACAUGAGGUGGAUGAAGAAGAAACGGAUGAAGAAAAUGCUUGUGAUUUAGAAUUAAAAACUCCAAAAGAUAUUGAACUAGCUGCAGAUCAAUUAAAAGAUACUGCAGAUACUAUAGAUGAAGAUUCUAUUUAUAGUAAUGAUUCAUUUUGUUCUGAUGAAUCUUGUGAUGAAUCUGAAGAAACUAAUGGUACAUUAAGAUCACUUAAUGACUCUCAUUUUUCUCCUCAUCCUCAAAUCAGUACGCGCAAAUUUAGUCACGAGGAAAUUAAAAACGAACAGGAAAAAUCUGAAAAUAUAACGCAAAACAAUGAAAUUAUAAAUUCUAUUGGUAGAAGUUCAAUAUCUGAAGAUAAUUCCAUAGGAAUCAAACAAGUAAAAAAUAAAAGAAAAAAUAUGAGUUUUACAGAUGAAGAAAUACGAAAAAUCGAAUGGGAGAAUCAAAUUUUAUUAAGAAAGAUAAUGGCACAACAGAAACCAAAAGAAAAAGUAUUUUAUGAAAAUAUCCCACCAUCACGAAUAAGUAGCUCUGCAAUAAAUAGAAAGAAAUUACAAAAGAAAAUAGAAAAUGAAAAUAUAUUAUUGCUCCAAAGGAUACAACAAACUAAAUCACGAGUUAUGAAUAAUAUGACAAAACCUGGUUGUAGACAAACGAUCUUAUAAUCUGUAACACAUAAUUAUAAUUUUAUGCAUUUUAUAUUGAUAGAAAGUUUAUAAUAAAUUAUGUUAUAUAUUAAAUAUCUGUAAUGCAAAUAUUAUAAUUGUGAUUUUU